CUGAUUGGCCAGCUUCUGGAAGCCUGCUGAUGGGCAGCUUGUGAGCAGAACACCUACAUCUUCCUCUAAACUGUUAACCUGGCUGUCGAUCAAACCUCACAGACUGCAGCAGGAAGUCUCUGCUGAGAUGUUAUGUGACCAUGUGAGCAAAUAAUUUUAACCCAGAAGAAGUCACAGCAGGAAGAUGAGCCUGAUAUCAAAUGGGGCGUGUGUAACCUCAGUAUGGACCCUGAGUGCAGAGAUGUCAUCCUGCAGAGUGACGGGAUCAGCUUAGUCACAAACUGCCUGUCGAGCCAGAGGGAGGAGACGGUCCUGUCAGCCAUCACCACCCUCAUGAACCUCCUGACACCUGCGUCACGCUUUCAGAUCACAGAUCCCGCCAUCCUGCAGUGCAUGCUGCGCUUCUCCCUCUCUGAGAGCCCCCGUAUGCGCAACCUGGCUGCUGUGUUUCUGCAGGACUGCUGCACCGAGGAUCAGGUGGUGCAGGCGCAGCGACAGAUGGAAGGGCAGCAGACGGCAGUUGGCAUCCCACUGCCCAGAGACUAAACAUACAGCACAGAAGUGCACAAGUUUGCUCUCUGUGAGAGUAUCAGAGAUAUUUACAUUCUGGAGGUAAAAUGCUGCCAUUAUGUGUGAUUGGGUGUGUUGCUCUAAAAAUAAAAAUCUGCUGCCUAUGGAAGGGUCACGUAACUGUAAAAAAAGUCCUCUUUUUUGGAAUUAAUUAAAUAAUUAUCUUAAUUAUCUUAAGAAGGGAACAGGCCUGAAACAGCUACUCAGCCUGAAAGUACAAAUCUCAGCAAUUUUUUGUUAUUUUUUUUAAACAAAGUUCAUUUUAGUAAAUGCCACUGAAUUAAAUGUGGAGGUCUGUGUUGGUGUACAGAGGCAAAAUGACACAUGCUGUCCAAAAACCCUGUGGACCAAUCUGCAAUUCUGUUUGCACUUCAUGAGAACUGACAUUUUAGUUUGGGAUGCACUUUUGUCUUUGUGAUUUAAAAAAAAAUGCACACCUUGUUUUAACCAACA